GUAAAUUCGAGUCCAGUUUCCUUCUCCUUUGUUUCGUCUUAGUUCAGUUGUUUCUCCAGCAACCAGCAAUGGCACCGAAGGCGGAAAAGAAGCCAGCAGAGAAGAAGCCGGCGGCCGAGAAAGCCCCUGCCGAGAAGAAACCGAGAGCGGAGAAGAAGCUCCCGAAAGAAGGCGGAGCGUCGGCCGACAAGAAGAGGAAGAAGGCGAGGAAGAGUGUGGAGACGUACAAGAUUUACAUCUUUAAGGUGCUGAAGCAGGUCCAUCCUGACAUCGGGAUCUCGAGCAAGGCUAUGGGGAUAAUGAACAGCUUCAUCAAUGACAUAUUCGAGAAGCUCGCUCAAGAGGCUUCUAGGCUGGCCAGGUACAACAAGAAGCCUACCAUUACCUCCCGUGAGAUCCAGACUGCCGUCCGACUGGUUCUUCCUGGAGAGCUCGCGAAGCACGCCGUCUCUGAGGGCACCAAGGCCGUAACUAAAUUCACUAGCUCUUAGAUUGUAUGUGGUGCCGAAUUUAUUUAAGUCUUUCUAGUUGUAAAGAUUUAGCUUCCUUUUUGCAAGCUUUAAUGGAAGAAAUAUCGUUUUCAGAA